GCACCGCCGCCCUCCUUCCGCCUGAGGCGGCCUCAUGUUCAGCUGGGAGAGCUCCGGCGUCCGCUCGCGGCGGGAGGCGCAAACCGGUGGGCGCGGCGGCGGGGCUGCGGUAGGGCAGGGAGAGGAGGGGGAAAGCUUCUCCAGGAUGAGUGGUGAGGCUCCCCCAGGCCUGGAAGGCAGGGUUCGAAAAACACUGCAAAGAGUCUUCGGGUUUGAGUCCUUCAAGACUUCCCUGCAGGAAAGCGCAACUAUGACUGUGGCGAGAGGUGAGAAGGAUGUCUUUGUAUGCAUGCCCACAGGGGCAGGGAAAUCAUUGUGCUACCAACUUCCUGCAGUUCUGGCAGUGGGCAUCACCAUUGUCAUUUCACCUCUGAUUGCACUGAUUCAGGAUCAAGUGGAUCACCUGCUGGCUCUGAAGAUCAAAGCCUGCUCUCUGAACUCCAAGCUUUCUGCCCAGGAAAAGAAGACCAUCCUGGCUGACUUAACAAGUGAGAAGCCUCAAGUAAAGCUCCUGUACAUCACCCCAGAGAUGGCAGCUGCCUCCUCCUUCCAACCUACACUGAACUCUCUGGUGUCCCGAAAGCUCUUGUCCUACUUGGUAAUUGACGAAGCACACUGCGUUUCCCAGUGGGGACAUAAUUUCCGACCUGACUACCUCCGUCUGGGCACCUUGCGCACUCGCAUACCCAAUACGCCAUGUGUUGCCUUGACAGCUACUGCCACCAAGCAGGUCCAGGAGGACAUUGUGGCAGUGCUCAAGCUAAAGCAGCCACUUUCCACAUUUAAGACCCCUUGCUUCAGAUCUAACUUGUUCUAUGAUGUGCAGUUCAAAGAGCUCUUGACCGAUCCGUACGCCAACUUGAAGGAUUUCUGUCUGAAGGCACUUGAAGUGACAAACACCACUGGGGUAGGUUUUACAUUUAAGGAAGAAGGCUAAACUGAAAAAACCUACCUUAAUAGUCACUGACCUUGGUACGGCCCUGGCAGGUCUGUGGCAGGGGAGGAGGAGGUCCCUGGAAGGAGGGUGCCCAUGUGUAUGUUCUGGUUUCUCUAAAAGUGGUCACAUAUGGUUUUUAGUUCCUCUAAGAUAACUAGAAUGUGAAGGCUGCGUUCCUUUCAGAGGUGUCCUCAGAAAGGGGUUGCUCUACAAGAAAGUAGAUUAGGAAUAUGCAGCAAGCAUUUGUCUUGAUU